AUGCUAUCAACUACUCUAGUCGCCUCAGUGUUUGCCGGCCUCGUCGGCGCGCAGAGCCGAUCCGCCAUGGCUCUCACUCCUUCCAGUGACUGGUACGGUGUCGAUGGGAACUGGUCGACGAUUGAACUCCAGGUCGGCACGCCUGGACAGUCUGUCAAUGUCCUCGCGAGUACGUCUUUGUCUGAACUUUGGGUCAUUGGGCCCGGUGGCUGCCUUGGAAAUGAAUCUAUCUGCAACGCCCGAGGCAACGUUUUCACGAUUGCCCAGUCUAAAUCCUGGAAGCCUCUGGGCGCAUGGCAGCUUGGCCUUGAUUACCUUGGCUAUGGCGGAAAUGGCGAUUACGGCCUGGACAAGCUGUCAUCCACAUUGUUGACGGGCAGCACAAUGCGUAUGGACAACAUGAUCACCGCAUCAAUCAACAGUACCAAUUUUUACCUGGGAUACCUCGGGCUUGGCAUCACCAAAGGAAGCUUUGGCAACUCGGUCGCCGAUUCACCCCUCACACAAGCGGUCAAAAAUUAUGGUUGGAUUCCCAGUUACAGCUACGGUUACACUGCUGGUGCAUACUACAUGGGUGCUUCUGGUACGCCUUGUUCAGUGACACUAGGAGGUUACGAUGCGAGCCGAUUUGUGCCGCAUAAUGUCAACUUCACUCUGGACCCCAGCGAUGGGCUUCCUAACGCUCUUGUUCGUGGCAUCGAAGUGUCGGCCGGUCAAGACAAGGCGCUGCACGCUGGUUGGAACACCACCACGAGGAUUUUGUCCAACAUGUCAACCUCGUUCAGUGCCACGAUCGAUAGCUCAACACCCUAUCUUUGGCUGCCGGACGCCGUUUGCAACCAGUUCGCAGAAGCCUUCAACCUGACGUACAAUAGAACGUUCAACCUCUAUACUGUCACCAACGAACAGUAUGCCGACUUCAAGUCCGGCUUGUCAUCUUACUCAUUCACCUUCUCUUUUACCAGCCAUGACAACAGCAACGAUUCUGGUCAUCCCCUCACAGUUCCCGGCGUUGUCAACAUCACCAUCACCGCGGCAGCCUUCGCCCAAGUCCUGCGGUACCCCUUCCAAGGCGAGACGAUCGGAUUGGGCGAACCACCUGUUCCCUACUUCCCACUACGAAGAUCAUCUAACUUGACGGACACGUUCAUCAUUGGGAGAUCAUUCCUCCAGGAAGCAUACCUGAUCACCAAGUAUGACACUGGCGUCUUUUCUCUCCACCAAGCACUCUUCCCAGAUGAGCCGCUGCAGUCUCUGAAGCUGAAGAACAUUGCACAACCAAACGACAGCCCUUUAGCACGACCGCCUGCUCAGGUGAACUCGCAAGGUGGUCUCUCGGCGGCGGAGAUGGGCGGUGUUGCGGCGGGGGUUGUCGCGGCAUGCAUGAUCAUAUUCGCUUGCUGGUACUUUAACCACCGCCGAAAGAAGGUGAGGACCACAACCAGAGUAUUGGAGGAUGGAAAGGACGCCGCCUCGUCGACUACACCCGACCUACCAAGGAGCCCCGUGGCCAAGAUGUUCACCAAAAUACUGGGCAGAAAGAAGACCAAAAAAGCAUCUGCAAACGAGGCCAUGGGAAGCACUUUACAACCUGCAGAAAUAGCGGCUGACGCUAACCAAGCCGUGUACGAACUGCCAGUGCCUGUAGCCCCAGUCGAGCUGAAUGGCGACGACGGUAAGUCGGUUCUCGAGCACAACACAGUGUUGGGGACAGACGAUACUCAAAACAUCGACACAUACGAACUGGCCAGGAGAAACGUGGAAAUUCAGCUUCGAGGCCCUUUGCCGGCAUACACCCCUCCUGAAAACCCCUCAGAUUUCCCGCCCACAGAGAAAGCGAUACGAGAUAUGAGUCCUGCAGUAACCUCUUCGCCUGGUGAAAUUGGGCCCGUGCCGUCUUCGUUGCCGGCGUCUCCAUCUUCCCCGUCGUCUCCCGUAUCCUGCGACAAGUCGUCGUCAACCCAUGGUUCAUUACCGUCGCCAAUGAGCUCCCGCGCAGGGGAAUGGUCAAACCGCAUGUCGGAUCUCUCGUCCCCGUCGAUGGAGGCCACGUCGUACCACUCGCAUACUUUCACGGUCAGCAAUGCCGGAAACACCGUUCCGCAGCCUACCCCUCCCGAGAGCGAGACCUUGACGUCGAGCUCGCCAAACUUCUCAAACACAUCGCCGUCCAUUCUUUAUCCUGCCCUUCCCGCCUCUCCUCUUCCGACUCACCAAAGGACACUAAUCGAUUCUUCCAAUGUGGUCUGCCUGGGCCCCUUGCCGGAGCACAUCUCCAUUCCAGGGCCCCGGACGAUUCCCGCCCCACUGACGUACCGUCAAGGCAGCAGCAACAUGGACGUCGUUGUUCCCCAGGUUCUGGACGCGAGUCGAGUUUCAACCGACACCCUGGGAAGCAACUGGACCGAGUUCGAAGAGGAGCUGAUGGCGCAAGAGCUGACAGGGCAAGUGACUCUCCAAGAGAGCAUCAGAAGUCGCGAAGAGGAGUCGGACUCCUUAAGAAGCCUGCAUCGUCUCGACGGUUCUGAGUUCAUUCACAUUCCUCAGCCGGCGGAACGACGUUACAGCUGGGAGCGUUGA